AUGGAAAAGAAUGGUCAUUUCCCAACAAAUCUUCCUAUUUUUAAUGGAAAGAACUAUGAGCGUUGGUGUGCUCAAAUGAAGCAAAUGCAAUUGAUGCUUGAGAAGAUCAUAGAUGUUGAAACUGCAAAAGGAGCUUGGGAUACUCUCAAGAGUGCAAAUGAAGGUGCUGAUAAGUUGAAGAAGUUAGAAGAACUUCAGGGUUCCUUGGAGGCUCACGAAUUGAGGAUCAAGCAGAGAAGCUCAGACAAAGUGAUUGAGCAGGCUCUACAAGCUCAAACAUCAAAGAAGAAUUUUAUUGAUAGAAGAAAGUUCAAGAAGGGGAAAUGGAAGAAUCAAAAAAGAAAAAGAUCAUGUGAGGACACUAGUGAACAAGGUGCUCAUGAAGGGAACAAGAAAGAAGGAAAUACAAAAUACAAGAAAAUGUUUGACAAGAAAGGAAUUCAGUGCUUUAAUUGCCAAAAGUAUGGUCAUUUUGCAAAUGAAUGCAAGCAUAACAAGAGUCUUCAAAGGAAAGAUGAUGAGGUGCAAUAUGCAAAUGAUGAAGAUUCAGAUUCAGAAGGGGUAUUGUUGAUGGCAGCCACCAAACCAGAAGUGGAGCAAUCUGAGUUUUGGUACUUAGAUACAGGCUGCUCAAAUCAUAUGACUUGUAAUAAAUAUUGGUUCAAGAAUUGGAACAUGGAGGUGAAAAGAAAGGUCAUGUUUGCAGACAACAGUAGUGUCACUGCUGAAGGUAUUGGUAGUGUAAAUUUUAUGAGCAAAGAUGGACAAAGUUCCUACAUAAACGAUGUGCUUUAUGUUCCAAGCAUGAAGAAUAACUUACUCAGUCUUGGACAACUACUGCAAAAGGGUUUUUCUAUGAGGAUGGAGGAGAGUCAACUUGUAACACCCUCUCUUUUUUAUUAA